UGCCAGUGUUUAUCAAAGCGGACAAGAGACAGGCUAUUAGUGAGAGAAGUCAGUCGUUCUUGCUAUCACCCGAGGACGAUGCAUGCACUAUUUUAAAAGAUAAAAUGCCGGGUGUACAUCAGGUACAUUGAAAUCAAAUACGACCUUCUCCCCCUCUCCAUUCGGGUCAUUAAAAUCCGGUCCAUUAUUGACUUACAUCUGAUGUGAUCGGUUAUGCAGUAUGGCGUGCCUAAAACUCUACCUAAGCUGUCUUGUGAUUCUAGGUGCCCCAAUAUUCGUUUUUUGUGGAGAGUGUUGUAGAGCCCAUUAUGACAUUCUCUUUUCUUACAACGAAGAAAAGUGGUGUAGCAACUAUUGCUGCUUUCAGCUUGGAAAAUAUGACUGUUGCGAUAACUUUCUGUUACAAGCCCCAUCGAUUGAAAGAAAGGACUUCUGUGCAGCUUUUUUUACUAGCAAUGUUUGGGUGCCUGUGUUAAUCAGCAUAGGAGGACUGAUCCUGUUCAUUGGACUGUGUGUCUGUAUCUGUAAGGCCUGUUGUGGCAGCAGUCGGUCAACAGGCGUUGUGAUGCACGGAGCCAAUCCAGGUGUCGCAGUAGUAAAUUCCAGCAACAUGAUGCAACAACCCGGGUAUCCAAACCACAUGAUGCAACAACCAGGGUAUCCCAGCAACUCUAUGCAACAACAGCCCGGAUAUCCUAUGCACCAGCCUCCGAGCUAUCCGGCCCAGUAGUUGUUUCAUUAUACCAUGUUUCAUAGUAGUCAACUAU